AGCAAAUAGUAGCGCAAACCAGGCAUAAUGAAAAGGGGUCCGAUGCUAAAACAAACGGAUUUUCGACAAGAAUGGAUAUGUGGGCACAGAUAUGACACGUAGCUUUGCAAAACCUAGCCAGAGAAAUCUUUCAACUUGAGCAAAUACCCAACUUCUUGUCAUCCAAUCGUCUCUCCAACCAUUCCACUACUGUUUUCACGAUGCCGGUAUUCACUGCAACAGUUGGCUCAGUCUGUUUCCCUUCACAGCUCUUCAACCCGGAUGUCUCCUCAUUUUCAUGUUUCCGGAACCAGACAAAGCUGUCAAACUCUUGUUUCAAACCUUCUCUUAUCAAGAAGUCUUCUUCUUCUUUUUCAUUUUACUCUGUCAAAGUCUCUUCUACCUCUGCUUCUACCGAUGCCAAAACUGAUAAUUCUGAACAAGCUGAAGCUGCUGGCGCCGCAGUUCUUGAUAACUCUGUAUCCUCCGAUGAUAUUCGAGUACGGAGGUCUGCUGAUUGGAAGGCAGCCAGGGCAUACUGGCAUAGUGGGUUCAUCUAUGGUGGUAGAGUUGAAGGAUUUAAUAGUGGAGGUUUGCGGGUUCGCUUUUAUUCUCUUGUGGGUUUUCUUCCUUUUCCACAGUUGAGUCCAUCACAUUGUUGUAAAGAACCGAGCAAAUCUAUCCAGCAGAUUGCCAAAACUUUGAUUGGUUCAAUUCUUUAUGUGAAGGUAAUCCAAGCAGAAGAGGAGAGCAGGAAAUUGAUUUUCUCAGAAAAGGAAGCUGUCUGGACAAAGUUUUCUACAAGGAUUAAUGUAGGGGAUAUUUUUGCAGGAAGGGUGGGUUCUGUUGAGGAUUAUGGUGCAUUUGUUCACUUACGCUUCCCUGAUGGACUUUAUCAUCUCACUGGACUGGUACACGUCUCAGAGGUUUCCUGGGAUUUAGUCCAAGAUGUCAGAGACAUCUUAAUUGAGGGAGAUGAUAUUAGGGUGAAGGUUAUUAAUAUCGAUAGGGGUAAGUCAAGGAUUACUCUAUCAAUUAAACAGUUGGAGGAAGACCCGUUUUUGGAAACGUUGGACAAAGUGAUUCCCCAGGAUGGUUCAGCUAAUUCCGAUUCCUUGACCACAAGCAAUAUUAGUACCAUUGAACCACUUCCAGGGCUCGAUGCAAUAUUCAAAGAGCUUCUGCAGGAAGAUGGAAUAUAUGAUGUACGAAUUAGUCGACAAGGGUUUGAGAAACGGGUAGUCUCGCAAGAUUUGCAAAUUUGGCUUUCAAAUGCACCACCUUAUGACGACAUUUUUACCCUCCUAGCUCGUGCUGGAAGGCAGGUGCAGGAGAUACAACUGACAACAUCCCUUGAUCAAGAAGGUAUCAAGAAGGCAUUACAGCGAGUACUGGAACGCGUCCCAUGAUCCAAGUUUGACAAUGCAGUGUAUCAUUUGUUGUUAUUUAUUGAGUUUCUGUACCUUUUUUUCUUAUUUUCCUCGUUAAUGUUUAUUUUGUACAAAAAAUUAUGAGCGCAUGCACUAAGCUUAUAUCGUGUUAAAAGGUUAUAUUAUAAACAUUUUCUUACUCUUAAUGAUCAUGAUCAUAUAUAAGAUGAGAUUGAUCAAUGGCAAGUUUUCUUUUUUUUGUUGUUCUUUUGGGUUGGAACUUUGGCUUUUCUUCAUCGUUGUCUUUGUCUAUUUUCUUUUUACAAAGAAUAUGUGAGCAUGGGACUUUUUAUUUUAUAGGUACGAUGAAAAAUAU